AUGAAAAAAAUUCGUCAUACGCUGGACUUAGGUGUUAAUUUGACGGAUCAUGGAAGAAGAAGAAGCCAUUCUCUUGUUCGAGACAACAUUCGUGAUUCAAAAUUUCGAGCAACAUUGAAUCGAGCGUUGAAUGAAGUGACUGUCGAGUAUGGAGGAUCAACAUACCGAUUAGAACGAAGUGAACAUAUUCUAAAAGAAUGUCGCAAAAAAGAUGUUCCUGGUAUUCUUCAUCGUCUUUGGCCAACUCUGGUGUUUGUAUCCACUGUGACAGGAGGUUCUUUUGCCAUCUACGAAGAAGAGAUCCGAUUUUAUUGCGGGGAAAAAUUACCUCUAACUAAUUAUGGCAUCUGUGGUGCCAGUGAAGGAUUUUUUGGAUCUCUCGCAAGUGUUCACACAGCAGAGUAUUUUCUAUCACCAACAGCGGCCUUCUUCGAAUUCAUCAGAGAAGAAGACGUGCAUCAGGUAUGUUAUUUUCUAAACAUUAUGAUCGCGUUGCAUUGCAGGAUGAUUCUAUCCUAUGAUUGAGCAUUUUUCUCCAGUUAUGCUUGUUCUUUUUCUUCAGGCUCAACCAAAAACUCUUCUCAUCUCAGAGAUCGAACCAGGAAAUCGAUAUGAGUUGGUUUGUACAACCGAGGCAGGAUUGGUUCGAUAUCGAAUGGGCGAUGUGAUCAAUUGCACGAGAUU